AUGUUGUUCUUUUGGUUAUGUUAUGUUGCCCCCGGGAAAAUUGUUUAUUGUGCGAAGAACUAUGAUGCUGAGUUCCAAAAGGUCUUGCUUCUUCAUCAUAAACGGUCUUCUUUGCCAACUCCAGGGACAUGGUGGCAAUCCCCUCCUCUUGCCUCCUUUAAACUCAACGUUGAUGGUGCUGUUAAUUUGAAUUCGGGGUUACAUGGUGUUGGUGUGGUUGUUAGGGACUCAUCUGGUCAACUUUGUGGUGCGGUGGCGAUGCAGGCUCCGAGUCUCCUGUCGGUACUGGCUACUGAGUUGUUUGCCCUAGCAGUUAGAAUUUCCUUUGCGGUAGAUGCUUCCUUUUUGCUUUUAAUAAUUGAAUAUGAUUCUUUGAUUGCAAUCCAACUGCUUCUUAAAGAAGAGACUUGUUAUGCGGCGAAAGGGGUCAUUAUUGAGGAAAUUCAACAUCUUCUUUCAUCUACGCCACCCUACUUUAUUCGUUUUGUUCCCCGCACUGCUAAUGGGGUUGCGAAUCUACUAGCGCGCUCUAGCCUUUGUCAGGAGGACCUGUCUUUCUGA